AUGGCGGACGAAUUAAAGACUCAGCUGACUGACACUUUUGCCACCCAUGGACUAACCUUAAGCAGUGAAGCUGAAUCAUAUUUCUUGGAGUUCCUGGAAAAUCUUAAAGAAGAUCAUCAGUCAGAAUGCAUUGAUGCAGUUUUGGAAAUCUUACAGAAGCAAGACACAUCUUCAACUGAUGUUGACCAUGACAGGUGCAUGGCAGCUGUACAAGAAUAUGAUGCUGACUCAGGAACAGAAAGUAUCAAAAUAAAAAAAGGAGGUAUCAAAAAGUUUCGUUUAUCAAAGCAGUACAGCUGUGAAAUUUGUGGCAAAAAUUACAGUCGAGCUACCCGACAAUUUUAUUGUAUACCACAAAUCCUUUCCUUUUCCUUUAUCUCCUUUCUUUAUCUUCUUGUGGGCCUUCAACUGCUCAACACUUUUACAUCUCUGCUGCCAGGCCUUUGCUUGCUGGCCUUUUGUUCAUUGUAA